AAUCCCAAAAAUUUCAAUCCUCUCUCUCUCUCUUCACCAAACCCCUCAACAACAUGGGAACCCCACAGUCCAAUCUUCCCCCAGGUUUCAGAUUCCACCCUACUGACGCAGAACUCAUUCUUCACUAUCUUAGAAAAAAAAUUGCUUCUAUUCCCUUACCUGUUUCCAUCAUUGCUGAAGUUGAUAUUUACAAAUUAGAUCCAUGGGAUUUACCAGCUAAGGCUUUGUUUGGUGAGAAAGAGUGGUACUUUUUCAGUCCUAGAGAUAGAAAGUACCCAAAUGGUGCAAGGCCAAACAGGGCUGCUGCUUCAGGGUAUUGGAAAGCCACUGGAACUGAUAAGACGAUAGUUGCUUCAUUGCCAUGUGGAGGAAGAUCACAAGAGAAUAUUAUUGGUGUCAAAAAGGCACUUGUUUUUUACAAAGGAAAACCUCCAAAGGGUAUUAAAACUAAUUGGAUCAUGCAUGAAUAUCGUCUCGUCGAUAAUAAUAAACCAAUUAAACUCAAAGAUUCUUCCAUGAGGUUGGAUGAUUGGGUAUUAUGUCGAAUUUACAAGAAAUCAAAAUGCGCGCUAACUUCAACCGAAUCCGAGACAAUGAUAGGCGAAGUCAAGCACUUGGAUGAUGCGCAAUACAAAGAAACUCAUUUUCCGAUCACAAAAAACACAACAUCUUCUCAUCAAAACACACUUAUGUCACAAAAAUCAGUGUCUUUCUCAAACCUAUUAGAUGCUAUGGACUACUCCAUGCUAAGGAGUUUCUUAUCCGAAAACCAUUCCACCAAUCCAUCAGGAAUUGGAUCAAGUUCAAGCUUCAACAACACUGAAAACUUUAACCAACAACAACAAGAAUCUUCCCAAAACAACACUAGCAACAAUUACAUGUCACAAAACAAGAACCCUUUAAAGCACCAUCUAUCAAACAUAGAUGAGGACAACAACAUGUUAUUGUACCCAUCAAAGAAAUACUUGAGUUCAUCUUGCAAUUUCUCUAACAUCAAUACACAAUAUGAAAGCUACCUCAUGAAGCAAUCUUUGAUGAAUCAACAAUUGGUUUUAGGUCCUCAUCAUCAAUAUCAAGGAUAAUCCAAAAUACCAAAAAAAAAUGGUAUCCAAAAAAAAAUUAGAAAAUUUAAGUAGUUAAGUAAAAUUUCUAGAAGUUGAGCCCAAAAAAAACACAAAUGGGGUCAUUAAAUUAAGAAUUUCUAAUUUUCUACUAGUACACAAAAAUAGUGUGUUUUAUUUUAUUUUAUUUUUUUAUGAUUUUUAGUUUGUGCUAGGAAUUGAAGGAUGGAUUAGGACUUGUUUGGUAAGGAGUCAAAAGAAAGAUUCUGCAAUUGAAGACUCAAUAAAUUGUGAAAAGAAAAUAUUAAAGUUUUAUGACUAAUUAGAAAUAGUCGUGUACAAAAUGUUGAUUUAUUCGUGUAUUGGGUUUGGCAACAUAGCUUUAUAAUAUACACUUUGUAGAUAA